AUGCUGGCGUCAGGCAUUACGACUGUUGUCUACUUGUGGAAGCACAUGAAGAGAAUGAAGGAGAACACCAGCUCUUUAUCUGCUCUUUGUAAAAAGCAGCAGAUGAGAGUGACCAUCAUGGGCAUCAUUCAGACGGUCCUCUUCUUUUUUGCCUCAGGGUGGCUCAUGUGUGAAGAAUUAAUUGAGUGUUAUUUUGGUGGUUAUGAUGUGGGUACACAUUUGGCUUCAACUGUAAUGGCUUUGUAUUCUUUUGGAACGACCCUACUUUUAGGGAUUGACCCACCUGUAUGGUUGUAUAUUAUUUCCGGGGCUACUAUACUUUUCGCCAUGAGGACGAGUUUUACUGCAUCCCUCGGUCUGCAAGUUUGUUACUUCUUGCAGAUUGUUCCAGUCCGAUGGCCUUGCUUUAUCUGGAUGAAGAAGCACAUCAAACUCUUCAUGUAUGUCGUGUUGUUUUUCGACAGACUCUACUUUCUGUCUCAAUAUGCCAUACGUGUUUUCCUUGAGAUUCGGAAGGUAAUGAUGACCUUUAAUUCAUCCAGCAUUUAUGACAACACCACCAGCCCAUCAGCAGAUUUCGGAUACUACAUGUUUAUCACAGACUUUUGGCUGAAAUGUUGCUAUUUUUUCAUUUGUCUUGGCAUUAUGCUGGCGUCAGGCAUUACGACUGUGGUCUACUUGUGGAAGCACAUGAAGAGAAUGAAGGAGAACACCAGCUCUUUAUCUGCACUUUAUAAAAGGCAGCAGAUGAGAGUGACCAUCAUGGGCAUCAUUCAGACGGUCCUCUUCUUUUUUGCUUCAGGGUGGCUCAUGACUGAAGAAUUCAUUAUGUGCUAUAUUGGUGGUUAUGAUGUGGGCACCCAUUUGGCCUCCACUGUAAUGGCUCUGUAUUCUCUUGGAACGACCCUACUUUUAGGGAUUGGUCAGUCAAAAUUCCGACUUACAGCUAAGGAUAUCUGCAAAAAGACAACAAAAGCAAAAUUCUAA